AUGAACCGACUGUUUGGCUUCAACCGCAGUGCUAAUGGAAAUCGUCGUGGCGCUGCAAGCCACGUCCCCCCCGCUGGAAAUGGUUCGGGUGCUCUUUCUCCGGGGCAAACGGCAACCGUCAACACUGAGUCCGUUGAUGGAAACCCCAUUAAUCGUCGCAGACGCAGAGCGAGCCAAGAACAUAUCGACGCUCGCUACGGACGCCCUAGGUUGCUGGUUGACGACCUCUUGGAUGUGAUUGACUCUAACCUUCCCACUGACAAUUACUUGACAUACAAUCCUUCGACCAUCAAGGAAUUGCUUGCAUACUAUGAUGAUGGUGAGAGGCUCAUCCAAAGUAUUGAUAGGAUUUACCGAUCAGCUCGUCGGCUGCACCCGAAUGUUGAAGAGCCGGGCUUAGUUCAUCUCAUCUCAACUCGGAUUGUGUUGAGAUAUGGACUCAUGCAAAGCUCCACCUUCAAGGCAAGGCUGCUUUUGAUGACCUGUAAGACUAUUGAACAGGUCAAGCAGUGGGUGUACACCAAUGACUUGUACAACAUGAAGGCUUUCAUGUUCAAGCGUUAUGCUUUGGCCCAUCCGAGAGAUGUUGAAUUGACGCCCUCACCUGAUAUGUAUUGGACGAACAGUGCCAACACUUUCAUUGAUGUCAUCUAUUCAAGAGUAGUGGCGAUUUACGACAGCACGUCGUGUCUCAAAAUUCAUAACGCUUUGAUCUCUUAUUUAAAGACUGCCAACCCCAACUGGGCUGAGUCAUACCCGCUUGAGGAUCAGUUGCCAACACUUAAGGUAUACUACGAUGAACCCAGAACCGUGCCUACCCAAUUCCCUGGAAGACCUGAGAGUGAACAUGAGACUACUGACCCUAACAUUGAGGGCAUUGCUUCAAUACAUCUUGGCCCGAACAUCAAGGGCAUAGUUUCCGAACAACUUGAGGGCAUUGAUUUCUCCGUUUUUGAAACCUUGUCAAGCGAUUACCUCCAAGAUCCCGGCAACAUAAAGAAAUUGGUUAAGCGAUUUGACACUGGCAUUAAAGUGAUGUCAUCGCUUUUGAGGAUUUUUGACACCGUUGUUGCAGGUCAGCCUAAGUUUAAUCUGACCCAAAGCGAGGGCGUUGCCAGGGCAUUCGAAGAGAAAUCUGGACUCACUCAUCACCCCACCAGUAACCUGGCUGAGAUGUUGUAUUCGUGCACGAAGCGCCUGCAGUACAUGAAAUGGUGCUUCAUGUUUCUCAUUACCCCGUGGGCCAUAUGGGCAAAGAUAUACGUGUAUUUCAACCCUGGGUUGAUGGAUGCUGGUGACCGUACAUUAACCAAGCUCUGGUUUGAUCACAAUAACGUGCCGUUUUUGCUAGACUAUGAUGACUUUUUUAUGGGUAUUGCCAAGUGUGAAACGUGGCCGACGUGCUCGACGAGCGCGGCUAACGUCAUCUGGAAGUUGAUGUCGAAUGUGGAACGCUGGUGGGAACCGCGCAUGUCGUCGAAAUCUUUGAAGUUACUUGACAAUAUCAUCACGCGCAUCGAUCGUAUUGACAACUUAGAACUUUACGACUAUGAGCAACGUUGA